GGGCCGCAGGCUGCUAUGCGCGUGCGUCCAGGGCCAGGCGCGCCGGGAUUCGUACUCCGGCAGGAACUCUGGCCGCAUUCUCUCGAUUCCGCUCGGCCGCGCCAGGCCGACCGCAAGCUCCGAGAGCCUGUGCCGCGCGGUUCUCGCUCCGGCUGGCACGGAGGCUGGGGAGCAGCCUGUGCCCGCUCCAGCGCCUGCUCCGGAAGCAGUUGUAGCAAGUACUUCCUUUUCAUCUCUCCGUUUGAAGAGCAGGGAAGUUGGAGGCCGGAGGCGGGUGCCGGGCCCACGCCCCUCGCCGGGCUGCGGCGUCCCCGGGACCCGGGCGUCCCCCGCCGCCCUGUCGUCCAGCGCGGGCGCCGAGCCGGGCCGGGGAUGGACAGGGAGACGCGCGCGUUCGCCGAGAGCCACUUCCGACGCCUCCGCGGACGGCCCGCGGGCGGGGUGGGCGCGACGCCGGGCCGCGUGGACUUCAUCGAGAGCCCGGACUCCUUUUCCUACGCCGACUUCUUCAAGGGCUACCUGCUGCCCAACGUGCCGUGCGUUUUCUCCAGCUCCUUCACCGAGGGCUGGGGCAGCCGCAGGCGCUGGGUGACGCCGGGCGGGAAGCCGGCCUUCGAGCACCUGCUGCGGAACUACGGAGACGUGGUCGUCCCUGUGGCCAACUGCGGGGUCCGGGAGUACAAUUCCAACCCCAAGGAGCACAUGCUCCUCCGAGACUACAUCAGCUACUGGAAAGACUACAUCCAGGGGGGCUACUCCUCUCCGCGCGGCUGCCUCUACCUCAAGGACUGGCACCUGUGCAGGGCCCCCCCCCCCCCCCCCCCCUUCACCCUCCCUGCGUACUUCUCGUCCGACUGGCUCAACGAGUACUGGGACGUCCUGGACGUGGACGACUACCGCUUUGUCUACAUGGGGCCCGCGGGCACCUGUAGGCACCGACAGGAGGGUUCACACAGGUCACCGUUCCACGCCGACAUCUUCCGCUCCUUCAGCUGGUCUGUCAACAUCUGCGGGAGGAAAAGGUGGUUCUUCUUCCCUCCGGGGCAAGAAGAAGCCCUUCGGGAUUGCCACGGUGGCCUGCCCUACGACGUGACCUCGCCCGCGCUGCUCGACGGCCGCCUGUACCCCAUGCGCAAGCACUGCAGCCCACCCCUGGAGCUCACGCAGGAGGCAGGCGAGAUGGUCUUCGUGCCCAGCGGGUGGCACCACCAAGUCCACAACCUGGAGGACACCAUCUCCAUCAACCACAACUGGGUCAACGGCUGUAACCUGGCCAAUAUGUGGCACUUCCUGCAGCAAGAGCUCCGGGCCGUGCAGCAGGAGGUCAGCCAGUGGAGGGACACUAUGCCUGACUGGGACCAUCACUGCCAGGUCAUCAUGAGGUCCUGCUCCGGGAUCAAUUUUGAAGAAUUUUACCACUUCCUCAAGAUCAUCGCUGAAAGGAGGCUGCUGCUUCUGACGAAAGAGCUGGGCUCUGGUGACAUGGAGGGCAGUGCGGGCAGGGGGCUGGGCCCCCAGCAGGCUGCUUUUGAUGUCAGCCGGAUUGCAGAGGUGCUGGCCUCCGUGGUGGCCCACCCCGACUUCCAGAGAGUGGACACUAGCGUGUUCUCACUGCAGCCGGGGGAGCUCCUCCAGCAGCUGGAGGAGGUUGUGGCUGCCACUGCCUCUCUUUAGGGCAUGAGGCUUGCAUCAGGCGGGGCCCCGAGGCACCGGCACGGAAGGCAGGCAGUCUCUUCCACAGCGCCUUCCAGAAAUAAAGCUCUGUGCUGCUGUGUGGCAUGGGACAGGUCACCUUCCCGCGGAGCCUCGUGGCCUCAGGUGCUCUUAA